AUGAAGUUCUCUACCAUUUUUUCGGUUCUUCUUGCUGCUGCCUCUAUUGGGACCAAUGCAACUCCUAUCGCAAAAAAUGAGGUCGACUAUAGCCUUAUUUCUGGUUACGAGGCAGACUCUGUAUCAAAGCAUUUUUCAACUGAGCUUGUCAAACGAGAUACCGAAGACAGUGACACGUACACGGCGUUGGCCAGAGCUUACGGUGGUGAGCUUGAGGACGACAAGUACUACGUUCUCACAGCUAAAUGGCCAUUGAGAGAUGAAAUCGACAACGAAACCCCAGCUGAGCUUCAGGAACUGCAGAGAGAGCUUGGUUUCUACCAUAUUGGGUUUAUUGUCGGCAAAGUGACCAUCAAGGAAUCUGGCAGAAAAAAGCACAAGACAACAAAACGCGACUUCGACGGCCAGGUUUACGAUACUAUCAAAAAGGAGAACAAAGACAUCAAAUUCCGUAAAACCAACUGGGACACUAGCAAGAGAAGAGAUAUCGAGUUUGUGAAAACUACUACUAAGAAGAAGGCUGAGGCUAUAAACAAGAAAGCCAAGGACUACGAAAAGGAUCAUCCAGUCUAUAGCGUGGACGACAACAACUGCAACACCUUUGUCCAGGCACUCUUGGGUGAGUUGUGA